AUGAACGUUAUUUUAAAAACUCUGUACCUAGUAUUUUCCUGUUUUUUAGUAGAAUCCCAAGGAGUGUACACAAGAAAUAAAUACGACCAAUCAGACCAACUAAAUUACUUGUCGAGUUUUUUCAGGUCAUUUAAUAACAUUUUUUCUAAAAAAUUAAUUCCAGAACAACUAGAUGAACUCAUUCACUCCUAUUUAAGGACCAAUUAUGAUGAUAGAGAUGAACACAACCCAGUAAACCUUUACACAGGGGAAGAAAAUCAACCUUCCUCAACUGAAUCUGAAACUUAUAACGAUGGGUCAUCAGAUAACUCAAUUGCAGAGUGUCUUUUAUCAGAAGAUGAAAACUUUUCCCAAGUUGUCCAGAAGUUCUACAUGCCAUUGAAAGAUGCAGGGUCAUUUGCAAAGAAUUUUAACUCAAAAGUUGAAGUGUUGGGGAAGAAUCAAGAACCUUUUAAAGUUUUGAACCUGGAAGGGAACGACAAAGACCUGGAUGUUUCUCGAGCAAUGAGAAAGAUGAACAUUAAAUGUACAGCAGUGCGUGCAGACAGUAUUUCAGAAACCUGCAAGGCAUGUCUCUAUUUUGAAGAAAUAGUCCUGAAAAGACACUUUAGGUACGGCCACAUGGUGGAUUGCGGUGUGAUGGAGUGUAUGAACGGCUAUGAUAAGAAGCUAAGCAAUAGCCCCAAUAAGGGGUAUUUCUUCAACGACUUUGUAAAGUACCACCCAAUCUGUAUCACUUAA